AAAGUAAUGUAAUUUCGCAAUAUUUGCUGCGUUGAAAACGCCAAUUGAAUUCGGAAACAGCGAAACGCUGAAGCGAUGUUCAUUUUCUGCGCGUUUUGAAAUUUGAAUGACGCAACCCGCAAAACCCUAAACCCUUUCUCUCUCUGCAUGAGCACAGAAGAGCAACGUAAAUCACAUAGAUGAGGAAGAAGCUUCUGAUCGAAACCACUAAAGGCCUCUCCUUUUGCUCCAAUCGCAACUUCACUCCCAAACCCAACCACUGUAACUUUCUUCCCUCUCAUUAUCUUCUUCCUUUGUUGUGUUUCUCAAAUCGCCUCUAUUCAGUAUCCUAUGAGGUAUGCUUUUCUGUUGAUCCAUUGAAAGUCCAGCAGUGUGGAUGGUCACACGCUGCUUCUGUCCCUUCUGAGGAACCGGAAGCCCCAAAAGGUCAAAAAAGGGUUCCAAGACAUGAAAGGAGAGCUAUGGUGGAGUCUUUUGUGAACAAUUAUAGAGCAGAGAAUGCUGGGAAAUUCCCAAGAAUAUCAGAUACCCAGAAACAAGUUGGUGGCAGUUAUUAUGUUAUCCGGGAAAUCAUUCAGGAGCUAGAAUAUAAAUCUAAAAUGAAUUCUUCAAACAGUGUGAAGAAGAUUUUUGUGGAAAAGCAAUUUGAUGAGAGUAAACUACUUACCACUGAAUCUGUGAAUGUUUCGUCCGGUAAUAUUGAGAUUGCAAAUGAAAGCUCUGUCCAAGAUGAUUCUCAAUCAGUAGUUUUAGAUGACAAGGAGAGUGUUAACACUGUAUAUGAGCAUCUUGAAGAAAAGAGAGGGCCACAGACUUCCUAUUUGGAGAGGAGGUUGUCUGACGAGGUUGAAAUUAUGUCUACACCAAGUAAUCAUUGUAUUGCACCUGAAAGUAAUACAGUGGAAAAGUUUUCUAAGGAGCCUUGCCCAUCAAGUCUCGAUAUGCCAAAUGAUAUUAAGACUGAGGAAGUUGUCUCUACUUAUUCUGAUUCUUUUGCACCUGAACAUUCUCAAGAGGAAAGAAAACAUUCUCCUUUAUUUAGUGAAAAUGAUGGUACUGGUUAUGACAAAGCUCAGGGUCAUGAAUAUGAUUUUGUUCAUAUGGAAAAUCAUCAAAAUGUGGAGAAAAAAUGCAUUAAGAAAGCAGAUUGUGAGAGAAGGGAGCAACCUGACUUGGAAGACCUGUCUAGAGAGCUUUUGCAUUCAAGUCUCCUGGAGCCAAAUGAUGUGAAGAGUCGGGAAGCUGUAUCUAAUUCUUCUGAUUCGGUUACUCAAGAAAGGCACCCACUUAAAGAAGAAAUAGACCAAUUUUCUGCUUCUUUUAUUGAAAAAUCUGUAAGUAGUUGCAGCGAAGGUCAGAGCCAUGAUUCCAAGUUUGUUGAUAUGGAAAAGCAUUCAGCAUUUGUGAAGAAGAGCUUUGAGAAAAGAUACAAGAGAAAUGACCAAGAUGCUGUGGAUAGUUUAAAGCAUAAAAUAGAGCAAUCUCAAAGGUCUUUAGAGUAUGAUGAAUCCAAAAUGAACAGCUCUAAUAAAAGGGAGACCAGUGUUGUAGUGGGUUCACAGAAAUCAACUUUGUGGGGAAAUCUGAAGUCAUUUGCCACUGGCAUCAUAAAUAUAUGGAAAAAAUCUUGAAGGUUUAUGAAGGUGUAUGGUGCAACUUUUAAGAACCUCAAUGUUACUUUGCAUCACAAACAGAUGGUAUGUAUAUGAUUCAUGAUGUUCCUUGCUCUUUUUGGCCUGCCAUUAGCUGGCAUGUUCCUGCAAAUUCUAUUCUCUUGCUAUCCUUCAACAUUUCCAGAGAGGUUUUGCUGCCAAGUUUCUUCUAUGAUCCAGCUGGCUGCUCAUUUUAAAUGUAAGGCAUUUGCACAUGAGUUUCUAGCUCCUCUAUUCCAUUGGCCCCAUCUAGGGGGAAAUCAGUACUUCAAUUCCCAAUCCAGUAAGUUAGCUUCCCAAUGCAAAUGAGUUUCAUUAUGUUGUGAACAAAAGGAAACAAAAUGCAUGAUUUUGCAAUUUACUCCCAUACUCAAAUUGUGCUUAUGGAUUGUAUGUUCAUAUAUGAAUUUGAGGAGCAGAGUGGAAGGAUGAAAGGGUGCAAAAGAUGUGGAGGCUUUUGCAUUUUUGGAUAGCAUUCGAAGAAUAACCAACUUGAGAAUGAUUGGUUUUCAAAGACUGCAGUUUUUUCUCAUGCAUAAUAAGACUCGGAAGUUGAGGAAAUUGGUAGGGUUUUUGAAAUUAUACUUUUUACUUCCAUCAUUAAAUAUACUCAUUACCCUCCAUCCAAAUUACGUGCUUAAUUUUGUCCUGACUUGCAAAGCAUUAGCAUUGAGCACCAAUUGUUGUUCUCCGCUAUUUGAACUACUUUGAUAUCUGGCAAACCCAGUGUCCAGGUUAUAAAUGACAUGUAAAGCUAUGCAUGGUUUAAUAUAUGAUAUGUUAUAAAAUAAUGUUAUAUAAUAUAAAAUAAUUUUUUCCAUGCUAUCUGCUAGAGAGAACAACAUUUCAGGUUACAUGUAAAGGUGAGUAUUGUUUGAUUAGCUCUCUGCCAUCCCUUAUACACAUGAAAUGACAGUUCAAUAAAACUUAGUUCUGCAACUGUGUAGUAGUAUUCAUUAUUUAUUAAUAGCUAUGGGGUUUUUUUAUGCAACAUGUUAUUUUUCUAUGUAAUUAUAGCGUUGGGAUUUGAGUAAGGAUAAUGUGAUGCAACAUGGUAUGUUUACGAAGAAAUUUUUGCUGCAUUGAUAUAUCUAGUUUGCAACAUUACCUUAGAAAGGCAAUGAUUAAUGUACUCACGAGGUACCAAAUCUAAAUUAAAUUAAUCUAAUGAAAUGGAGACAUUGGAGGGUAGUGGAGCAUGUGGAAAAGGUUCCAUAUGGCUUAUCUUGGUGUCGCAAUGUAGGGAUGCAAGUUGCAAAGUUCCCAUAUGGUUUAUAUUUGAUGUCACAAUGACGGCUUGCAAGUUGCACCAUAUUUUGUCUCUAAAGUAAGUAAUUAAAUAUGUAUCAAUUAUUAAUUUAAUUUAAAUUAUUUUUUAAUUUGAAUUUUACUAAAAUUUAGGGAUUGAUACACUUCUACUUGAA